AUGUCUGCCCCCGUAAAUCCACAGCUUCGACGCCAGGUCAUUGGCAUCUACAAAGAGCUGCUGGAGAUGGGCAAAUCAUACCCGCAAGGCUAUGACUAUUUCCGACCUCGAUUACACAAGGCAUUUAUCUCGCAGGCUCACUUGAGGGACGAAGACCAGAUACGGAAAGGGCUUGAGAGAGCCGAAUAUGUGAAGAAGGAAAUCGAGGCGCUCUAUUACCUCAAGAAGUAUCGCGCUAUGAGAAAGGCGUACGACUCGCCAUCGUGA